AUGAAGAAAUUCCUAAUUUUAUUGAUUUUUUGGAAAUUUACAUUCCCUUAGUUGUCUUAUGAAACCGGAUUAGCAAGGGACUUUGAUUCAGGUUAUGUGGGAGGUUUUAUGUGUAAACUUGGUUUUUCUAAAACUGCAACCAUUCCAUUUUCUAAUAUUUUUCAAAAUAUUCCUUAAGUAUUCUUUACCCAUGAAUAUUUUGAUAAUGAUAGACCUAAUUUAGAAUUUAGAUUGUCAAUAACAACCAUAACAAAAACAUGUAUUUUUUAUAUGAAAAUAUCUACAGCUUUUACAACUCAAAUCAGCUGUAAUUACGAUAGAGUUGUUGUACUCAGAUUAAGAUGGUUUGCGAUUGAUGAUUAACGUAUUGAAGUAAUAAGUAAUUUCAAUAUGGACAAUCCAGAUGAUAAAACAUUUUCAAUAAAGAAUCCUAAUGCUCAAACCGGAUUUGUAAUUUUGACAAGUAUGCAUUAUACAGGAGCAAUCGAUUUUCUAUUAUCGGUAAUACUUGAUAACAUACUUAGAUAAGCCAAAUAACAACCAAUUCAGUUACAGUGAGUAUAACUAAAGUGGCAGGAAAAUUUACAAAUCUUAAAUAAAUUGGUUAUUUUGUUGUUGUCGGAAUUUAAGAAGCAUUUAUUAAUUUAGGAUUAAAGACAGUAACUGGAGCGUUUAGUAGUGGACCACUUACAAUAUAACCAAAUAGAUGGUUUGCAAUUGCUACACAGGGCUUCAAUUAUCCAAAUACUUAAAAUNUAAUGAUAAUAAUUAAUCAUUUUAACAAAAAUCUCAUUAUUAUAUCAUUCAUCAAUAAAAUUUUAUAUAAUUAUGAUUUCGUGCUAAAAUUAUAUAUUUGUGAACUAUAAUUUUAAAUGAAUUAUCUUGAAAUAGCAUAAUUAUUGCUUCAAAUGUGUUAAUUUCUUAGAGAGUGA